UCGGGCCCACCCCGCGGCCCCGCAGCGCCGCCAUGUUGGGAGCGGCGGUCGGGCCCGCCACGUUGGAGGCGGCAUCCUCCUCCGUCGCAGUGGGCCUACCAUCAUGGCGGCGGAGGGGGGGCACCGCGGCGGGAUGGUGGCGGUGCUGCCGGGGCUGUACGUGGGCGGCGCUGAGUCGUGCUCGUCCCCGGAGGCGCUGGCGGCGGCGGGGGUGGUGGCGGUGCUGACGGUGGACGCGGAGGAGGCACCGCUGACGGCGGCGGCGCCGGGGGUGCGGGCCCUGCAGGUGCGGGCGCGGGAUGAGCCCGGCGCCGACCUGCUGAGCCGCCUCGACGACUGCGCCGCCUUCAUCGGCGCCGCGCGGGCCGCCGGCGGCGCCGCCCUCGUGCGCUGCCCAGCCGGGGUGAGCCGCAGCGCCACCGUGGUGACGGCCUACCUCAUGAAGAGUGAGGGGCUGCGCUGGGAGGAGGCCUACGCCGCCGUGAAGGCCGCCAAGCCCGACGUCGAGGUGAACCCGGGCUUCGAGGGGCAGCUGAAGCUCUACGAGGCCAUGGGCUGCGCCGUGGACACGAGCAGCGCACUUUACAAGCGGUACCGCCUGCAGAUGGUCACGGAGAGAUAUCCCGAACUUCAAGACUUGCCCCGAGAAGUCUUUGCUGUUGAUCCAACCAGUAUAUGUCAGACUUCAAACAUGGAGGUUCUCUACAGAUGCAGAAAAUGCAGGCGCGCUCUAUUCCGUAGUUCCAGCAUUUUGUCCCACACAGAAGGAAGUGGACCAACAGCCUUUGCUCACAAGAGGAUAACGGACUCUACUCAGCUUCAUCAUCAUGGCCGUGAUAAAUGUACCUCUUACUUCAUUGAGCCUGUGCAGUGGAUGGAGCCAGUAUUGCUAGGAGUCAUGGAAGGACAGCUUCUGUGUCCCAAAUGUACGUCUAAGCUGGGCUCCUUCAGCUGGCGGGGUGAGCAGUGUUCUUGUGGCCGCUGGGUGACUCCUGCCUUCCAGAUUCACAAAAGCAGAGUGGAUGAAGUGAAAACACUGUCAGUUUGUGACUUCCAAGCUGCCAAAACCUGAACUCAUUGCCUCCCUCAAUGGAUUUCUUAAUGUCCACAGUGCACUGCUGCCUACUUAGUGUAUGGCAGUCUGUUUGCCAGGACUGAAUUUGCAACUUCCACCCCUUUGUAAUGCAGUGAAAUUACUUGAACAUCUGCGCUAUUCUAACUUCAUGUCUAGAUAUAUAUAUGUGUGUGUGUGUGUGUGUGUAUAUAUAUAUAUGUACAGUAACAAAGAACUUCCUUCCAAGAGAUGUUAUACAGUAAUCAAAUAUAUACAAAAAUGCCUGAAUUUGAUAAUAUGCUGCUACUUACAGAAGGUCACAAAUCUGUGUUUUAAAGAGAUGCUAACUGGAGUCAGUUUCAGGAUGUGAACAGCAGUACUACUUUAUCUUCUGCUAUGGAAAUUCAAAACACUUUGUCUAAAACAUUCAGCUCAGAUUUUAGGAGGCAUAUUCUACAGCAUGAUGUACUUGGUGGGGAAAUACUUUAAGGCUUAGUUAAGAGCCAGAAAGUGGCACAGUUACAAUUGUGUUGUAAUGUUACAUUAUUAUGCAUGGCAGCUACUAGAAGUAAAAGGAAAGUUAUAGUUUUAUUACAAUAAAGUUAGUUCUAAAAGUCUA